UCCAGCAGUGGGUUAUUGUUGAACUGCCAGAAUGUUCUCCCUGUCCAUGAUGGUGGGACUGGUUCCCAUUGUGUCUCUGUGUGGUUUGUUCUUCUCUGCCGCUGUGGAUGAGAACUUCCCUCAGGGCUGCACCAGCAGCAACAGUCUGUGUUUCUACAGCCUGCUGCUGCCGGUCACCAUCCCAGUCUAUGUCUUCUUCCACCUUUGGAGCUGGAUGGGGAUCAAGCUCUUCAGGCACAACUAGACUAUUCUCCUUAAAUGUUCUCAUCCAGAAAAAUGUAAAUAUUUUCUGACGUAACUUGGAAAUUUUCAGCUCCUUGAGUUCAUCCUUGAUACAUAUUUUUCAAACAACAAUGCAGAGCUGUUAGAAAUCUGCCAAGAUGGAGGUAUUCUGCUGUAUUUUUUUAACUGCAGGUAGAAAUAUGUACCCCUACACUAGUCUCUGUAAAUGUCAAACGCCUGUGUAUACAACCUAAAACUUCUGUUUCUAUAGAUUAAACAAAUAAAUCUCAGUGCUGAAUCCUUUUGAGAAAUUUGUAGCCCAUUUUUAUAGUGAAAGGAUGUGAACCGCCCUAUCUUUUCAAUAAAUUAACUUUAAUAGAUAAAAGGCAAUUUUCUUACAUAACAAAUCCACAAACUACAGUUUAAUGUAAGUUUUGUCAAAUAUAAAAGUUGGUUUUAGAGAAUUUUUCUAACUUCAAAGCUUGUAACAAAAUAACUUGAAAAUGUAACAUUGACAGAAUCAACUAGAAAUUCAUACAAAGUUUAUGGUUGGAACUGCAAAAGGCAACUGAUUUUUAACCACUUAGUGCAAGUUAAAACAAUAGUACAUGCUAAAUUGAUAUUACUGACAACAAUGGCUCUUAAGCUCAUGUCACAAGCAUGCUGAGGGAAAUCCAGAUGGUCUAAGCCCUCUAGCUACAAAAUUGAGAUGAGCUCAAACUUAUUCAUUUUCUUCCUGAACGGCACUUCUUGGAUUCAACAUCUCUUCCCUGAGCGAGUUUCAUCAACGGCGAGUAUGGACGAGGUGACUGCCCCUCUCCCUUCGUCUUGAAGAAGAAGGGUUUGUUGAGUCUCAGCUGAACCACUCCGACCUGAAGUUCGAGAAAAAGAAGAUCAGCAGUGGCACAACCAUCGCCCACUCUGUUUUUGUGUAAACAUAAUAGUAAGAUAUCUAACUGCGAAAAACGGUAUGGAAAGUGCAGGAACUGCUCGGAGUAUUUUCCAAGUCUAAAUGAGGCAGAAAUGACUUUCCCUGCAUCCUUAAAGGGGAAAGACAAAAUCUAUAAAUUGUGCAUUGAAAAUUUAUCUACAGUCAAUUAAAAAUGAUUGAAAUAUCUCUCAAGUUUGAUUGUGAAUGAGAUAUUUUUUUGCUAGUCUAGUAAAACAAUUCAAACUCCUUACCUAAAUAAAAACUCAGAAACAAAAGGUAGCAAUAUGUUUAUCUAAAGGUGCAUCUUGAUGAACUAGAAUGUCACUGAAAAAAAAUUUCCAGAAGAAUAAUGUUAACUUACUUAAUCCAAUUUGAAUUUGAUGAGUGUUUGUGAUCAAGCAUCCAAUUGGGUCAAGGUUUCUACCAUCUACCUUGAAACUAUGACAAGAAGUUUGUUUGGAGCAGCCAAUGUGAACCUUUUCAUCCUCAUCGCUCACACAUAAUGCUGUUAGUGGUAUUGGUGCAGAAAACAACACUGAUGCUCCUUGGAUGUUUCCUCCACUUCCCUAUGAAUGGGUGUCCCAACAGUACAAUGAUCCCAAACUCGGAUCAAAGCUGGUUUCAACUGCCUCCACCAAUCAAACACUGAGCCCAGAAUUAUAGCAAAAGGUUGUUAAUUUGAUAUAUUUGACCCUGUAUGUAAAAUGUGACCUUGUCUGGAUUCAAAAAAAUAAAUAAAUUCAAGCUUA